AUGGUGUCACCGGAUGGUAGUAUGCGCCAAGAAGAACGGCAAGCCUCGGCGAACCGUCGAUUCCAAGCACUGAACAUACAUGCGACAAGAGAGACCCACCAUACGCGAAGCCAAUUCCACCAAGCGCGAUCCGUUCCUAGCAACAAGAAGAAAACAGUAUUCGAUUGCUGGAAUGAAUAUCACAGCGUAGCGUUAGAGGAGAACGACCGCCACCUAACCACGUUCAUAACACCAUGUGGUCGCUACAGAAACAAAACCGCACCCCAAGGUUACAUUGCGUCAGGUGUUGGUUACUCGCGCAGACAUCCCUGAUAAAACCAAAUGCAUCGACGAUACGCUACUCUGGGCUGACAACCUCACCACCAACUUCUUCCAAGCAGUCAACUGGCUAGACAUUUGUGGCCGUAAUGGUAUCACCCUAAACCCAGAUAAAUUCACAUUUGGUGAAGACACAGUAGAAUUUGCAGGAUUUCAAAUCACCAUGGACACUGUCCGACCGCGCCAUAGAUAUAUCGAUGUAAUACGCCACUUCCCAACUCCAACCAACAACACAGAUGUCCGCUCAUGGUUUGGCAUGAUCAACGAGGUUUCAUACACCUUUGCAGCAACAGAACGCCUCCUACAAUUCCGCCAACUUCUCAAACCAGGAACACCAUUCAAAUGGAACAGUGCGCUUGACCAGAUCUUCGAAGAGUCCAAGUCAGUAAUCAUUAACGAGAUAAACGAGGGCAUCCGCAUCUUUGACAAAUGA